CUGCUGGGGCAGCCCAGCCACUGAGAGCUGGCACACAAGCACUGGUCCCAGACAUUGACACCAAACUGUUCUCUGCCCCACACACCAGUCCUGGAGCAUCAGCCCUACUCUCUGCUCCACACCCCAACCCCAAAGCAUCCCCCCGUUCUUCCAUGCACACAGCCCCAUGCUCAGCCCCACAGUGCUGCUCAGGGACAACCCCCAAACCUCUCAGUAUCUCUGGAGGAACUGGGCAAACCCAAGCAUUGCGAAAGGUGGAAAACCCGCUCUGACGGCACUUCCUUUGGAGGCCCUUGAAAACCCACCACCCCAACAGCAGGCUCAGAGAGCACCCACAGGCAGCACAGGCAGGAGCAGGCAGCCGGGUGCCGCAGCACUCAACAGGUACCAGCAGGUCUUGCAGUCAGCAGAGGAGAUGGCAUUCGUCCCUGAUUUGGACAUACUGGAGAGCAGCAGCCUGAAUGAGGAGAUGUUUUAUGGCCCUGACUGCCUCUGCCUGCAGAAGAAACCCCAACUGGACUUGGAGGUGGCAUCGCCUGGGGUGGGCAUCCAGGUGACUGUGACCAAGGGACACCCUGCCAGGACCUUUCGCCAGGCUGCUGUCCUUGUGGCGGCUCUGACCAAACCAGCACACAAGGAGUUUGCUGACAGUGACCUUGGGGACUUCCUGGAUGAUAUUUUCGGUAUGGGGGUGAUGUCAGGGUGUCAACCCGGGUGGCGGAUGCUCCUGGGGGAUGCUCCUGCAAUGGGGAUCAUCAACAUCCCCCUGACUGUCUCCCUCCCCACAGAGCCCGUCCCCUUCCAGCGAAUUAACUGCAGCUACGCUGGAGCCCCUGUCUAUCGCUACACCCGCUCCCAGUCCUUCGACAUCCUUGAUAUUGACCAGAAGUGCUUCGUGCUGGAGUCACCCACUCAGCUGGUGGCCCUGCACCUGCAGGGACCCUCUGCUGGGCGGAAAGUGAAGCUCAACAUCGCUCUGUACCGUCCUCAGUCAUCACAGGGUGGCCCAGGGACUGGGCGGGUGCCAGUGGCAUUGGGCAUCAAGGGCUACCAACUCUACAUGUCAUGUGUGAUGAGCGGUGCUGAGCCCGUGCUGCAGCUUGAGGAAGCCGACGUCAGGAGGGACAUUGAGAGUGUGGAGCUGACCCGCUUCAUCUUCUACCGCCUGGACAGCCCAACCGAGGGCACCACACGCUUUGAGUCGGCUGCCUUCCCUGGCUGGUUCAUCUGCACCUCCCUGCAGCCCCGCCAGCCCGUCAGCAUCACCAACCAACCCGACCAGGUCAACAUUGCCACUUAUGAGCUGAGCAGGCACUGAGCAGCCCCUGCUCCCAACCCAACCCAACCGGCAGUUGCUGGUUCUCAGGCCGUAUGUACCAAGUACAAAUCCCAGUGGGACCCCCCAUCCUCUCCAUCUAUUUCAGGUGAAAUAGCAUCUCUGGGCCCUAUUGGCCCAACCCACCCCUAUUUGUGCUUAUUUAUUGUGUAUAUCCAGUGCUUUUGGGUUUAUUUAUUGUGUAACACCUCUUGCUUUUAACUUAUUGUAUAUUGAUUCGGAGAAAACUCCAGGAACAAACUUGCCAACACAGUUUUCAAGCUGACAAGCAGGUAUUCUUUAUUGCGGCGCCGAGAGACACGGGAGAUAGCUCCACCUAACGUGUGUCUCCCCUGUUGCUACACAAGCCAUCCUUAUAUAGUC